AUGUCACCAAAACUGUCGAAACAGUUAUCACCGGGAGAUGUGAUAACCGAAGACUUGCCUAUCGUUCAUGUCUUGUAUAUGACAUCAAAAGACAAAUAUUGCGACAAUUGUUUUAAAAGAUCGGAUCAAUUGAAGAGAUGUACGAAAUGUCUUCACAUGUAUUAUUGCGGUAAAGACUGUCAGAAGAAUGACUGGAAGUAUCACAAGAAUGAGUGUCCACUUCUUCGGCACGAAAUCCCAGUAUUGCUUCUGUCCUACAAUUGGCUCCGACUUUGGCUCCGAUUCUACCUUUCGGUCAAAAAGAUCCCAACGUUUGCCACAGAAAAGCAUCGAUUGGUUGACGGAUCGGAUGUCAGUCUCAAUGACAUCAAAGUGGACACCACUUGUGUGGACGCAACUGACGAGCGAAAGCGUGAGUUUGAGUCAUCACAACAAGUCUUAACAGAAUUAGGCGUUCGUUACGAACCCGAAGAAGCGAUACAUUGGAUGUCAUUCCUCUUCAGUUGCGAACCGUUAACGUUCAUCAGAUGCGGUCAUUCUAUGUCUGAAUCAAUAGGUAUGGCUCUAUACCUACAGCACCGGUCCCUCAGACACAGCUGUCAGCCCAACAGUGCUCUCAUUUACAGCGGCAGAGGACAAUCGUUACAAUUGCGGGCAAUGAGACCGAUAGCCGCCGGCGAAGACAUGACCAUAAGUCGUGUACUCUUUUUAGAGAGUGACCGCACUUACAGACAAAAUGUACUCAAACAGUGGUCUAUAGUGUGUGAGUGCGACAAAUGUGUCUACCAUUUGGACCGUGACGUGGAUUACGAGAUCUUCGAAAGCGGUAAUCUCUUUCCAAUCCGUGUCUUCACAUUCGGUCAACAAUUUAUGGAUCAUUUGCGGAAAUUAUUGUCGGAUUUGGAUGUGAUAUUCGGUGACUUUCAUCCAAUUAAGACAAUGUAUUUGAAUCUAAUUGUCCUAAAUGUACACAAAUGUCCGCAAUUACCCGAAUCGAUGCUCAAUGAAUUGACGGCCAAUUUAGUGAAAGCCAUUGAUAUCACGUGUCCGGCCGACGGACCCGUUAGGGCUCGUUUCAGUCAAACCUUUCAUAUUAGUUUCACAAUUGGAUCCAAUCAUCAAAUCUGUAAAAUGUCACCAAAACUGUCGAAACCGUUAUCACCGGGAGAUGUGAUAACCGAAGACAUGCCUAUCAUUCAUGUAUUGGCGGUUGAAUUCAAAGACAAAUAUUGCGAUAAUUGUCUUAAAAAAUCGGAUCAAAUGAAGAACUGCUCGAAAUGUCUUCGCUUUCAUUAUUGCGGUAAAGAGUGUCAGAAGAAUGACUGGAAUUAUCACAAGAAUGAGUGUCCACUCUAUCAGAAGAAGUGGUCAACACUUGAAGCGGCAAAUAUGAGGACCAGAUUUCUGCUCCGACUCUACCUUUCGGUGCAAAACAUCCCAACGUUUGCCACAGAAAAGCAUCGAUUGUUUGACGGAUCGGAAGUCAGUCUCAAUGAUAUCAAAGACAAAACCAUUGAUCCAAAUGGAGAUAAGUCUGUAUUGAAAUCCAUUGCCAAAGUCUUCAACAUAUGUGGUAUUAAAUGCGAAGAACUGGAAGAAUGGUUCGCUUUAAUGAGUGGCCGCUGGUAUGACAUCCAAUGCGGACGACCCGGUCGUGUGGAGACUGUGGCCACCGGUCUAUACCUCCAGACAUCAACAUUGAGACACAACUGUCGGCCCAACAGUUGCUGUAUUUCCAGAUUCAAUGGACAUACAGUAGAGUUGCGGGCCAUGAGAUCGAUAGCUCCGGGAGAAGAGAUUACCAUAAGUCGUGUGGAUUUGCUUCAAAACAAAGCGGACAGACGGGAGGCGUUGAAAAAGAUAUCCAUAGACUGCGAGUGCGAGAAAUGUGUGGACAAUACGGACGGACACAUAGAUUACCGACGUCUACAGCCGGAGUACAUUCAGUCUGUGAAGUUUAACGAUGCGUACGGAACCGCUUCGGCGGCCGAACUUGAAGAUAAGUUUCGGUCAAUUUUAACCGAUUUGGAUGUGGUUUACGGCGAUUACCACCCCUUCAGGACACAGGCGUUGGUGAUAUACACCAGUAUUCUGAAGACUUGUCGAUCAGCACCCGAUUCCAUACUUAAAGAGUUUCGGGAUAUGACCGCCAAAGCGUUGGAUGUGACCAAUUGUAAGGACACAUUUGAAUCUAAUCAUCAAAUCAGUGAAAUGUCACCAAAACUGUCGAAACCGUUAUCACCGGGAGAUGUGAUAACCGAAGACAUGCCUAUCAUUCAUGUUUUGGCGAUUGAAUUCAAAGACUGGUAUUGCGAUAAUUGUCUUAAAAAAUCGGAUCAAAUGAAGAACUGCUCGAAAUGUCUUCGCUUUCAUUAUUGCUGUGAAGAGUGUCAGAAGAAUGACUGGAAGUAUCACAAGAAUGAGUGUCCACUCUAUCAGAAGAAGUGGUCAACACUUGAAGCGGCAAAUAUGAGGACCAGAUUUAUGCUCCGACUCUACCUUUCGGUGCAAAACAUCCCAACGUUUGCCACAGAAAAGCACCGAUUGUUUGACGGAUCAGAUGUCAGUCUCAAUGAUCUCAAAGACAAAACCAUUGAUUCAAAUGGAGAUAAGUCUGUAUUGAAAAAGAUUUGCAAAGUUUUCAUGAAAUGUGGCAUUAAGUUCGGACGCGAAGAACUGGAAGAAUGGUUGGCUUUAAUGAGUGGCCGCUGGUAUGACAUCCAAUGCGGACGACCCGGUUAUGUGGAGACUGUGGCCACCGGUCUAUACCUUCAGACCUCAACAUUGAAACACAGCUGUCGGCCCAACAGUUGCUGUAUUUCCAGAUUCAAUGGACAUGUGAUUGAGUUGCGGGCCAUGAGAUCGAUAGCUCCGGGAGAAGAGAUUACCAUAAGUCGUGUGGAUUUGAUGUUAAAUAAAAGUCAAAGACAGAAAGCGUUGAAAUCUAUAUUCAUAGACUGCGAGUGCGAGAAAUGUGUGGCCAUUUCGGAUCGAAACGUGAAUUACCUGCGCCUACAGCCGGGCUAUAUUGGGCUCAUGUGUCGGUUGGGUUCGGACGCCUUCUUUGAAGCUAGUUUUCGGUCACUUUUGGCCGAUUUGGAUGUGGUUUACGGCGAUUACCACCCGUUGAGAUCACAAACUCUCCUAUUUUGCUUCAAUCUACUACAGGCCUGUCGAUCACCACUGGAUCCCCUGUACCGCGAAGUGAUGCAAAUGACGUCCGACGCGUUGCGUGUGACCAGUGGUCAGAGCUGUCCAUUUCAGGACCAUUUCAUGCGUUGUAUUGUGCAGUCCAUGAGAAUUGUAUCGCCCAAAGACUACAACGAUUUGCAUGGAUUACCCAAUAGUAGUGAUGACCACUGGAUUCACUUGCAGUGCGGCUGCAGUUAUCGCAAAUCAUCCAAUGUUUAA